AAGCAAAAAGGGAAAGCGACAGAGUCUGUAACAAAACCCAAAUCAACAUCGGUUUGGCUUUUCAGAGGUGGCGACAACUGAAAGGAUUUAAAAGCGACCCAGAGAUGUCUAUUUUCUUACUCAACAGGCUCCGCCGUCCAUGGUCAACACAGAACAGAGACAGCAUGCAGAGCACAUAUUCCUCUCCUUUAGGAAGUCAAAAUCCCCCUUUGCUGUCUGCAAGCACAUCCUGGAGACCAGUAAAGUGGACUAUGUGUUGUUCCAGGCAGCCACAGCCAUCAUGGAGGCCGUGGUUAGAGAAUGGAUCCUUCUGGAGAAGAACAGCAUUGAGUCCCUCAGAACAUUCCUCCUCUCCUACGUAUUACAGAGACCCAAUCUGCAGAAGUAUGUUAGAGAGCAGAUCCUGUUAGCGGUAGCAGUAAUAGUGAAGAGAGGCUCUCUCGACAAAUCCAUCAACUGCAAGAGCAUCUUCCAUGAGGUCAGCCAGCUCAUCAGCAGCGGCAAUCCCACAGUGCAAACACUGGCCUGCUCCAUCCUGACUGCUCUGUUGAGUGAGUUCUCUAGCUCCAAUAAGACCAGCAACAUUGGCCUCAGCAUGGAGUUCCAUGGUAGCUGCAAGCGUGUUUUUCAGGAGGAUGAUCUCAGACAAAUCUUCAUGCUCACUAUGGAGGUCCUGCAGGAGUUCAGUCGGAGGGAAAACCUCAAUGCACAAAUGUCCUCAGUGUUCCAACGUUACCUUGCGCUGGCCAAUCAAGUGCUCAGCUGGAACUUUCUCCCACCCAAUCUGGGGAGGCACUACAUUGCCAUGUUUGAAGCGACACAGAAUGUCAUGCUGAAGCCAACCGACUCCUGGAGGGAAACCCUUCUAGACCACAGAGUCAUGGACCUCUUCUUCACUGUGCACAGGAAGAUCAGAGAGGACUCUGAUAUGGCACAGGACUCCCUUCAGUGUCUGGCCCAGUUGGCCUCUAUGCAUGGUCCUAUUUUCCCUGAUGAGAAUGCUCAGAUGACCUAUCUGGCACACCUGGUGGAGGGACUGCUCAACAUGAUCAAUGGGAUUGAGAUUGAAGACUCUGAGGCUGUGGGGAUCUCAAACAUCAUCAGUAACCUAAUCAGCACAUUUCCCCGAAGCAUUUUGACAGCGCUCCCAAACGAGCUCUUUGCCUCUUUCAUUAACUGCCUCACACUGCUCACGUGUUCCUUUGGUCGCAGCGCUGCCCUGGAGGAGGUGUUGGAUAAGGAUGACAUGGUGUACAUGGAAGCAUAUGAUAAGCUGUUGGAGUCCUGGCUGACGCUGGUCCAGGAGGACGAGCACUUCCCCCGGGGCUGCUUCAUCCAACCGGCAGUGCAGGUCUUCAACUCCUACAUCCAGUGUCACCUCGCAGCACCCGACGGCACAAGAAACCUGACCGCAAAUGGUGUGGCUUCUCGUGAAGAAGAAGAAAUUAAUGAGUUACAGGAGGAUGACAGAGAGCUGUUCUCAGAUCAGCUGGCUAGCAUCAGCAUGUUGGGGCGCAUCGCUGCAGACCACUGUAUACCUCUACUCACGGGUUUGUUGGAGGACCGAGUCACAAGGCUUCACGGGCAACUCCAAAGCCACCAACAGCACCUCAUGGCCUCCUCAGAUCCAGGCAGCGUGGAACGGAAAGUUCUAGAUGACCUUUACGAAGACAUUCAUUGGAUAAUAUUAGUCUCAGGCUAUCUCUUGGCUGAUGACCCUCAGGGUGAGACACCAUUAAUACCUUCAGAAGUUAUGGAGUACUCUAUCAAACACUCCACAGAUGUGGAUAUUAACACUACACUGCAGCUCCUUGGCUCUCCUGGAGAAAAGGCCACCUCCAUCCCAGGAUGCAACAGGACAGACUCAGUUAUCAGGUUGUUAUCGGCAGUACUAAGAACAUCCGAGGUAGAAUCUCGGGCUACACGAGCAAGCCUGACUGAGCUGCUUAGUCCUCAGAUGGGCAAAGACAUUGUUUGGUUUCUUCGACGCUGGGCCAAGACAUAUCUACUGGUGGACGAGAAGCUCUAUGGCCAAAUCAGUGUGCCCCUCAUCACAGCAUUUGGGGCAGACACAGAGGGGGCGCAGUGGAUUGUGGGAUAUCUGUUGGAGAAGGUGAUCAAUAAUCUGUCGGUAUGGAGCUCUGAGCCAGAGCUGGCUAACGACACGGUGGAGCUGCUGGUGACUCUGGUGGAGAAGAGAGAGAGGGCGAACAUCGUUGUUCAGUGUGAAAACUGGUGGAGCUUGGCCAAGCAGUUUGCCAGUCGCAGUCCUCCCUUGCAUAUGCUGUCCAGCACUGUCCAGCGGACACUGAUGAAGGCCCUGGUCCUGGGGGGCUUUGCUCACAUGGAUUCUGAUACCAAACAACAAUACUGGGCUGAGGUGCUGCACCCUCUCCAGCAGCGGUUCCUCAACCUCAUUAACCAGGAGAACUUUGCUCAGAUCUGUCAAGAGCAGGCUGUAAAGCAGGAAAUCGUGGCCACACUGGAGGCACUGUGCGGCAUUGCUGAAGCAACGCAGAUAGACAAUGUGGCAUCUCUCUUCAGCUUUCUCAUGGACUUCCUGUCCAGUUGCAUUGGCCUGAUGGAGGUCUAUAGAAACUCAUCAGAAACGGUCAACCUCAUCAUAGAGGUGUUUGUGGAAGUGGCACACAAACAAAUCUGCUACCUGGGAGAGACUAAGUCAAUGAAACUGUAUGAGGUUUGCUUGACGCUGCUGCAGGUCUACUCAAAGAACAAUCUUGGUCGUAAGAGAUUAGACGUUGCCGCAGAAGAGGACCAGUACCAAGAUCUUCUACUCAUCAUGGAGCUGCUCACCAACUUGCUCUCCAAAGAGUUCAUUGACUUCAGCGACACUGAUGAGGUAUUCCGCGGGCAAGAGCAGAGUUCUGGUGCUGGACGGGCCGUAUCGGCUGCCGAUGUUGUGCUGUUUGGUGUCAAUAUUGUGCUGCCCCUCAUGUCUCAGGACUUACUUAAGUUCCCCUCUCUGUGUAACCAGUAUUAUAAGCUUAUCACCUUCAUCUGUGAGAUUUUCCCAGAGAAGAUCCCUCAGCUGCCAGAGGAGCUCUUCAAGAGUCUAAUGUGCUCUUUGGAGCUGGGCAUGACUUCGAUGAGCUCAGAGAUCAGUCAGCUGUGUCUUGAGGCUCUGUCCCCAUUGGCUGAGCAAUGUGCCAAGACACAAGACAAGGACACACCCCUUUUUAUUGCCACACGACAUUUCCUUAAGUUGGUGUUUGAUAUGCUUGUGCUGCAAAAGCACAACACUGAGAUGACUGUGGCAGCUGGGGAAGCCCUCUAUACACUAGUAUGCCUGCACCAGGCAGAUUAUUCAGAGCUGGUGGAGACGCUGCUCUCCAGUCAGAGGGAUGCUGUGAUCUACCAGCGGCUGGCAGAUGCAUUCAACAACCUCACUGCCAGCAGCACACCUCCUACCAUGGACCGCAAACAGAGGGUGGCCUUCCUUAAAAGCCUGGAGGAGUUUGUUGCCAAUGUGGGGGGGCUACUUUGUGUCAAAUAGACCACCUUCAUCCAGCGACUGUUCAGGAUAGUUUCCCCUCUCCAAACCCCUCUACCACUCAGAGAAGCCUUUCAACAUGCCAAACUGUGGAGAUGCUCAGAGGGUGAACUCGAAAAAAGCACUGUGCUCUGGUCUGGCCAUUCAGGCAUGUAUGUAUGCCUCCAGAGCAAAGGGAGGCUGUGGAGAGGCUGGCGAAGACAGAGAGGAGAUGACACACUGUGUUCAUCUCAUUCUGAUUUGAUCAUUGUUUACUUCGCCACUGAGAGGUCUUCAUAUAAACAUUUAUCAAGGCAGCAGGUAGACUCACUGAAAAUUGGCUUCUUCCUCUCCCCCUUUACACUCAAACUUGCAGACGUUUCUCCUCGAGUGCCUUCGUAUUUGGUUUCUCAUGUCUCACAUCCAGCUGUCCGUAAGGCAUUGAGUAGAACUGUGUCUUGUGCUCACGGUAACUAGGAUUGUGAGCUGUGUUUGCUAUGACAAUGAAAAUGCCUUUCCCAAUAAAACUUUAAUUACAUGAAAGGCAUUAUGAAAAAGAAACCAAAUCACUUUGUGUUUAAGAGUGUAUAUAUAUAUUUUCAAAAAGACAAAAAAUGAAAAUGUGUUUAAAAAGCAAAACAGACUGGAAAGUUUUUAUAAGAUUAUAGUCGAGAGAAAUGUCAGGUUUUUUUUUAUGAUGACUUCACCCUGAAAAAGGGUCUAGUUUUAAUUAUUUAAUUUUUUUCCCCGUUUGGUUGAUUUGUAGUUUUACUCUUUGCUGUUGUCAUUUUGCCCUGAUCACAGCAGUACAGUUGAAAGCAUUUUCAACAAAAAAUGAUGUCCGAUCAGUUUUUCAAAUGGCUGUGGUCACCUAACGUGCCCACUAAAGUUUUGCUUUUACAAUAACUUCAAUAAUGUUCCACUUUCACUAACACUGACAUAAACUCAUGAUUGUGGAACAGACAACAUUGCUGUAGCAAUAAAAUACCAAAAAUGACUACCGAGGGAUGUGACCCACUAAUUGUUAUUUUGGAUUGCCUGAAAUGACUUGUAAAAUUGUAUAUAAACUUGCUAUAAAAAGUGUCUUCUUUUGUGAUCUACGUUUCAUCAGUUUGUUAUCUGAGUGUUAUGUCUGCUUGAUCUGGAAAUAUGUGUGCAUGUACAGUAUAUUUAUUAGUAUACUUCUUCUUUUUUUUUUGUCCUUGGCUGAUUUAGGAAUACCAUACUCCAUUCUGAUAUUCUUACCAUUUCAGUCUGAUGUUCCAUAUGGCAGAAGUAUGCAUGGUAUGGAGGGGAAGAAAUUAACU